UUGAUAUGAGCUUGGUAUCCAAACGUACCGAAAUCGUCUGGGCUCUUUCUCAUAUUUGAGCAUCCUCCCGUACUCUGAUUCUUGUCCCGUCUGAAAUCUACAGGCAUUCUCUACCCCUUCGUUGCUUCUUUCUCCCGUUCGAAAUCUUUUAUCUCCAGGAAACCCCUCCGUUUUCUCUUCCCCUUCAUUUCAUCCAGACCUCUCUCGCAAAAAUUGGGGUCGUUCAUCAUCAUUCAUCGAAGGGAAAUCACCCCUGUGUCCAGAUCUGCAGCCACCGUCACAGCUAGAUAGUUAAAAAAGAUGCCGCAUAGAACUCGGCCUAUGGCAGCCCUUUUGUUGUUUACUGGACUCAAUGUUGUUCUAGUGUCAACCAUUACUCCUGUCUAUGAUUUCGCGUGCUUCCAUCCUUAUUGGGAAAGAAGGAGAGAACAACGUCGUCAAGAGCGUGAACUUGCUUCGGCAAAGAGAUCCGAAUCAACACAAAAGGUUCUGCAAGGUUGAAGGAAGUCAAGAUCAGAUGACAGAGGAGCUUGUUCAGGGAGAGAGAGAGAGAGAGGGAAAAAAGAAAAAUGACAAAGAAGCUUUGCAUGAGUAUCUAUUGAUUUUCUUGUUUAUAUAUAUAGAUAUAUUUGGUGCCUAUAUUCAGUAUAUUUCACUGCUGGGUAUAUACGUGCGAUAGGACACCAAUCAUUUAGAGAAAUCAUGGUUGAUCUGUCUCUACCAAAAUAGUUCUCUGUGAUCUAUCUAGGCAUUGCAAUACUAGCCUUUGAUCGAAUUUCUGCCCUCAAAUGAUGAACUGUGUGGGAAAAGUCAUCCUCUGAAUAUGGUUAAAACUUUCUCAGAUAGUUGAAAGAUGCAGGGAACUUAAAUAAUUCAA